CCUCCAUCUUCGACUGCUGUUGUUGUUUUGUUUUGCUCCCACACUGCCGCUUCCACAUCCGCUUCCACACCACUGCCACCAGCCAGCCAGCCCGCUCAACAUGUCUGCGACAAAGAAGAAGACGGCCGAUCUGUUCGGCGACUCUGACUCGGACGACGACGACUUUCUGAAGACGUUGGCAUCGAAGAAGGCCACGUCUUCGUCCAAAGCCACGCCUGCAAAAGGACCAACGACGACAGCAGCCAAGAAGAGCAGCAUCUUUGACUUUGACGAUGGCGAUGACGAUGAGGAGGAGCUGUUCGGCAGCAAGGACAAGUCCGCGACAAAGAAGAAGGCCGCCGGCACGAAGAAGCCACGAACCGGCAGCAUGACACCAGGCAAGGCCGGCCCAAAAAAGACGCCCGCUGAGGAGAAGAAGCGCUCGUCCCGCCCAACGUCUCGCACCAGCACCAGCAGCGGGGGCACAUCCCCAGUCACGGUGAAGGGCAACAGGUCCAGGACCAGCAGCAAGACUGGCGCCAGGUCUGCAGCGUCGCCAAAGUCCUCGCCCAAGGCGUCUCCAAAGGCAUCGCCGCCCGUAACGCGGUCCCGUGCUCGCGUGGCAGGCAGCGCCAGUCGCACAAAGGGCGCAGCAUCGCCACUCGGAUCCCCGAGUGUCCGUCGCAAUUCGCGCACCGCGAGCAAAUCGGACAUCGACACGUCGCCCGCCGCCCUCGAGAAGCUUGACCUUGAAGGCCUGGAGAGUCUGCUGCAGAACACGUCGCUCUCGUACACGGAUCGCGCCGCCAUUCGCAAGGAGAAGCGUCGGCGUGCCUCGACUGCGACGCCUGAGGAGAAGGCGCCGAUUCGCACAACACCAUCCAAGAUGACGGCCACACCACCGACAACAGGUGAUGACGACGAUCAGGUGAAGCCGCGUGCCCGCCCAGCAAAGGAGAGCGCAGGGGAUGCUGAAGACCAGGCAGCUGCAGCCGAUGAAGUGGAGAAGGACGCGGGUGAGGCUGUCAUAGUAAGUGGUGGUGGCGACAAGACUAAAGAGGACGCGGAGGAUAAGCGGUCCGAAACAGCCAGCGGCAGCGGAGGAGCGACGGAUGACACACCCAAAACAACGAGUGCUGUGUUUGGCGCCAUCAGUGCGGAGACAAAGACGCUUGAGCACCCGACGCUCGAUCGCCCGAAGCGCCCGGCCGGAUCCGUUCGCCGGCCAUCCCGCUCAAACAAGGCCCCCGGUGCAAGUGCCCCGAAGCGGCAGAUGCCGAGUGUUCCCGCCGGCGCCAAACCGUCAUCCUCAUCGCGCUCGUCAAAGGCCGCGUCGUCGUCAGCAUCGCCCGUCGCCGCCAUCGAGGCCGCGGCUGCUGCCAGCGGUGUUGCGACUGAGAAGGACAAUCAGCUGAUUGCUCGCCUGAAGGCGGACGUGGCUGCUGAACGCGAGGCGCGCGAACACGCCGAGAAUCAGCUGACAGCGCUGCGGGAAGAAAUGCGCAAGCUCAAGCAGCAGCAGAACAGCGCUGCUGGUGGCGUUGGCGGCGCCAUGAAGACUGAGGGCCAACUCAUCUCCCUCAAAGCCGAACUGCGGGAGGCGCGGGCGCAGGAGAAGACGAUCCGUGACGAACGCGAUGAGCUCAAGCAGCGCGUGAAGGAGCUUGAGAAGAAGGUGGGCGCGCAGGAGGAUGUGACUCAGCAACUGAAGAAGGAGCAGAAGGCGCUUGCAGAUGCAGGGCAAACCAUUGCGCAAUUGCGUGGCAAGGUGGACAAAUUGUCCGCUCAAUCCACAAAAACCGCGUCUCAAGAUGACUCGCACUUGAAGCAGAUGCAAAAGCUGGAAGCCACACUCAUCAGCACAAAGGCCGAGCUCAGGGAGGCGCUGAGCCGCGAGAAAACGCUUCAAGCGGAAAACGAACGGCUUCACCGCCUUCUCGACGCUGCGAAGGAGAGCAAACCAGCUGCGCCGACCAAAAAGCACGCAAUUGCCGGCCUCGACGCGGGCGACUCUGUUGUUGAUGAGCCGGAGACAACGAAACCAACACCUCCAGCAACCAAGCCCGCAGCAGAACCAGCCAAGCCCGCAGCAGAACCAGCCAAGCCCGCAGCAGAACCAGCCAAGCCCGCAGCAGAAUCAACCAAGCCCGCAGCAGAAUCAACCAAGCCACAAUCAGAACCAGCCAAGCCCACGCCCACGACGGCCAAGCCCGACAUUGUUGCGAAGAAGCCCGACAUUGUUGCGAAGAAGCCUGCUGUGGAUGUGAGCAGCAAGCCCAGUCUGCCCGCCAAGAAGCACGAGGCAGUUGAGCGCGCGCGUUCGGACUCUGCGUCGACGGGCGAGCGGGAACGGUCUGUGUCGCCAAGUGGCGCAGCAGUGCCCGGGGAGCUGAAGACAACCGGUGGUACCUUUGAACGCCCGAAACUCAGGCGCACCAUCAGGCGGAAGAAAGAUGAGGAGAAAAAGCCGGCGGCAGCGCCGAAGCAAGUCGACUUCCGCCAGUCCCUCCGACGCAAGAAGGAGCCGAGUGCGGCUGAUUCCGCUGCCACCACGAGCGCAACAGCAGCUGUCGAUUCGCCCAAACCGCUCAAGCCGAGCGAGGUUGGCAAGUCCAAGUUUGAGAGUCAGGCGUCUGUUGACGGCGACGGCUCUGCUGCUCCCAAGAAGGGCUGGCAACCUCCCGUGCAGCCAAAGUGCUACGUGUGUGACAAGACCGUGUUUGUCAUGGAGCGGCUUGUUGCUGACGAGAAGACGUACCACAAGCAAUGCUUCCGCUGCUCGCACUGCAAGAAGGUGCUUGGCUUGGGCAACUUUGCUGCCUACAAGGGCUCCCUCUUCUGCAAACCACACUUUAAGCAACUCUUCAAGCUCAAGGGAAACUACGACGAAGGGUUCGGCCACGCGCAGCACAAGUACAAGUGGGUCAGCAAGGACGAGGAUGAUGACGACAUUGAAGUGUAG